AUGAACAGAAUUCGGAUCCACGUUUUGCCCUCGAGCCGAGGACGCCUUACUCCUGUGCCGCGGCCGCAGGAGCCCCUGCCCUGCGCCUUCACCCACCGCCAGUGCUCCCAGCCGCGGCUGGAGGGGCAGGAGUUCUGCAUUAAGCACAUCCUUGAAGACAGGAGCGCCCCUUUCAAGCAGUGCAGCUACGUCUCAACCAAGAACGGGAAGCGGUGUCCCAACGCUGCGCCCAAACCGGAGAAGAAGGAUGGCACGUCGUUCUGCGUGGAGCACGCCCGUCGGAACGCUCUGGCGCUUCAGGCUCAGAUGAAGAAGUCCAGUCCUGGACCUGGAAGCGAGACUCUCCUUUGCCAGCUUAGCUGUUACGCCAAAACAGAGCUGGGCUCCCAGGCUGCGGAGAGCAGCCGUAGCGAAGCCAGUCGGAUCCUAGAUGAGGACAGCUGGAGCGAUGGUGAGCAGGACGCUGUCACGGUGGACCAGACGUGGCGAGGGGACCCGGACAGCGAGGCCGACAGCAUCGACAGCGACCAGGAGGAUCCCUUGAAGCACGCCGGCGUAUACACAGCCGAGGAGGUGGCUUUGAUCAUGAGGGAGAAGCUCAUCCGCCUGCAAUCCCUCUACAUCGACCAAUUCAAACGGCUCCAGCACCUCCUGAAGGAGAAGAAGCGCCAGUUCCUGCACUGCCGCAAGGGAGAGCACGAAGCCAUAGGCAACAGCCUUCUGACGGGCCCGGAGGGGCUGAUGGCCAAGGAGCGGGAGAACCUGAAGCGGCUGAAGUGCCUGCGGCGGUACCGGCAGCGCUACGGCGUGGAGGCCCUGCUGCACCGGCAACUGAAGGAGCGCAGGAUGCUGGCCACUGACGGCGCUGCCCAGCAGGCGCACACCACCCGCUCCAGCCAGAGGUGCUUGGCCUUUGUCGACGACGUCCGCUGCUCCAACCAGUCCCUCCCCAUGACCAGGCACUGCCUCGCGC